AGAAUUUGUCUACGGUGCGUUAGUUGUGAUUCAAACCAUGGCUCUAACUCAGCCAAAACUGUCAGACUACUUUGCUUCAAUAAGUCCACUGACGAGCAGAAUGGUGGAGGAAGCUAAGGAAGUCAUUUGCAGAGAAGGUGAACACUGGAACCAAAUGAACCAGGAAGAAAAGGAUCUUGCCAUGGACAAUCACUUUCUUAGCUCUACUAUUAGUUCUCAGUACGAAAAUACGAGUACAUUAGAUUGCGGAGACGUCAGAGAGCUAACACUGGAUAAGAUUUUCCCCAGAUUGAAACUGCAGAGGGGACAAGAAACUGUUCAUUACAAAGAAGGAGAUCGAGAGGAAGCUAUAACAUACAAAGAUGAAUUUUCUGGAGACUUUUGUUGGGAAACAAAAAGUCAAAUGGAGUUUAAGUUGGAUACAGUACAUUUACCAGGGAUCUUCCACACUACUCCACCACCCUCCAGGCGAAGCAAGACAGGUCAUAAACCCUCCAGAAAGCAUUCCUUUAAAAAGAACAGAAAGGAGGCUAGAUUAUCUGAGCCUGAAUCUUUGGUGUCAGAGACACGAAGUUCUUCAGUGAGACCACUAUCAGAUGAAUCAAUUGGUACUGAUUGUCAGUCUCCACUGACUGCCUCAUCUACUGAACGAACAUCAAGAGCAGCUUCACAAGGAAGUUAUGACAGUGGAAGGGCAUCAGUGCCUCCGAGUAGUGUCAGAACAUCCCAGCAUUUGACUAAUGAUAAUGACUCCUUCGGUGAAUUGUUAUCAUCAUUGGUGUCCCAGCAAGGAAAGAGAAGGUCUACAGAAGAGGGCAAAGGUGUACCAUCACAACCUGCAAGUAACAACAGGAGUGCAAAGUCAAUUGAUGCAUCUCGGAGCACUAAUCCACCAUUACCUAAGGCAGCAGCAGAGACAGUGCAGGUGACUGCCAGUAAAGUUGACACUAAGCCUGUUAAAGCACGUGCCACACCUGAGGUUGGCAGCACUGGGACAAACACAAAGCAAACAUCAACAUUUGACUUCCUCAGCAACUGGUAGCCUCACAGCAAUCAAGAAACAUUCAUUGGAUGCAAUGUGUAAUGUAGCUUACAAGAUGCCAGUGCUUUAGUGCUACGUAACGUACUGAUUAUAUAUCACAGC